GGUACGGUAUCUCAGUGCAUCUUUGGAAGUUCCGGUUCGGUGGACAGGGAUGUUGAGUUAAUGACACACUAAGAUGUGCAAAAAAAUCUUUGAGACAAAGAAAUUGACGUAUAUUGUGUAUUGCCUGCAAGACAUGUAAAUUAUAUGUAUUUUUACAAUGCUCCACAUUCACCUGUGGUUGCGUCAUUUUAAUUACGGUCAACAGGAUGGACCGAGAGUAUAGAUUCCAAGACGAAAUGACGUAAAAUCAUACGAUGCGACGCGGAAUCCCAUUGGUCGCUGGAAGUGUGGUGAUCGCCAGUGAUCGUGAGUAAAUCAUGGCGGACCCAGGCGGGUGGUCAAUUCCACAGCCAGAAAUGUCCGAUUUUGACAGUGGUACCGGUUUUGGUGCGAAUGAUGCCUUCAACAUCAACGACCUUGGAGGUUUAGACGAUCUAAUCACCAAUUGUGAAACAGAGCUAUUCUCGAAGAAUGGCAAUUUGUUUACUGAUGAUGCCUUGCUGUCACAAUUGGAUGAUCCCUUACGUUUCGAUGAAGAUGUGAACUUGGAUUUUCUCGGUUUACCGAAUAAUGUCACGUUUACUGCUGAGUCUCAGUCGCCGGUCGAUUCAAAGCAGAACAUUAUAGUACCAUCAUUUACAAAUGCUAACAUUACGACGACUCAACCAAAUUCUCUAAUAUCUACAAAUCUUCAACAUCGUCAAACAUUAAAAAACCAGUCUGCUGCUGCAUCUGCCCCUACAGUUGUCGCAUCUUUAAGAACAUCGCUGCCUUCUCAGAUACAGAAGUCUAAUGCUACAGUAUCUGUUCAAAAUGCUGCCCUUGUGGCUCCUUCCAAUAUUUCACAUCAACAGAAUAAACACAUGACCAAUUUAAGAAAUGUUCAAAUGAGGACACAGCAGCAAAUAAAUUUACAAGCUACUGCUAUUCAAAAUUCACAGUUACAGUUUCAACUUCAGACCUUACAACAGCAAGUAACACAACCAUCUUCAGCCCAGCAGGAAUCUUCUACUAUUAAGCGCCCUGUGCAGAAAGUUACCCCACAAGCUCAGCAACAGUUACUAACAUUGCAAAGUGUGAGCCCAAUUACUACAGAUAAAAUGCAACAGGUUUUGGUUCCUGCUCAGCUUAUCAAGUCUGAAUCCCAACUGAAUUCAGCUGUUAUGUAUACUACAGCUGCAGUAACAGGUGUUACAGCCACAUCUACAGGAACACCCAAUGCAACACCAGCAGCAAUUCAUACACUGGUUAACACAGCCCAUGGAACAAUCCUAACUCCAGGCAUUCCUGUGGUGUUGGAUGCUGAGAAGUUGCCCAUAAACAGACUGACUGCCAUUGCUCCACAACCCAAAGAGCCACCUAAAAUGAAAGAAGGGAAGAGAAGUGCUCAUAAUGCGAUAGAGAGGCGAUAUCGCACAAGCAUAAAUGACAAAAUUAUUGAGCUGAAGAACAUGAUCGUUGGAAUUGAUGCCAAGUUAAACAAGUCAGCAAUUUUAAGGAAAGCAAUUGAGUAUAUAAGAUUUCUCCAGAAUUCCAAUGCAAGAUUAAAACAAGAAAAUAUGACUCUAAAAAUGGCUGCACAAAAGCAAACUUUGAAAGAUUUACUGUCAACUGACACCAUGGAAACGCAAGAGGAAACAAGAAUGCAAGAAUGUAUUUCUCCAUCCUCAGAUCUUCUUGCACCAUCACUUACUCCACCCCAUUCAGAUGGUUCUCCACCUUCCUCUCCAGAAAAUUGUACAUUUACAACACAGAUUAAAGAGGAAGAAGAUGAACCCAUGUUGAGUUUGAAUCGAGGAAUGCUGGACCAUACAAGAAUGGCUUUGUGUAUGGUAAUGUUUACUGUUGUGGCAGUUAAUCCUUUUGGUAUUGCCCUCAAUCGGUAUGUGGACUCGAGAGGGGAUUACUCUUCUCAUGUUGAAGGAAGAACAAUUCUGAAUGUUGAUAGUGGUGAUAAUAAAAUAUGGCAAUGGGCAAGUUCAUCUCUGUUCCUGUGGCUCUUCAAUUUUAUUAUUCUGGCAUUUUGUCUUAUUAAAGUACUUGUUUAUGGAGAUCCAGUUGUGCCUUCGAAAUCUAAAGCUUCAGUUGCUUUCUGGAGACAUCGAAAACAAGCUGACUUUGAUAUGUCAAAGGGUGACAAUGCUGCUGGCAGCCAAGAGUUGAGGAGAUGUUUACAAGCAUAUGGGCGUCCACUGCCUGCUUCGAAAUUCGAAUUAUUGUCAGCAACUUUAUGGCAAAUAAAUCGGCAGAUAUUACAUAGACUAUGGAUCGGAAAGUGGUUGUCUCGCCGUAUGGGAGGAUUUUUCAUUGAUAGUUCCGCACGCCGAGAAGUAAUGAGUUCAGCCAAAGAGCUUUCGGUUGUUUAUCAUCGUCUUCAUCAGUUGCAUCUGGUUACUAGUGCUGGAACGGACCGUUUUUCUGGAUUAAUGCUUGCGUUAAGUGCAGUCAACAUGGCAGAAACUUCAUCCGAUUUAUUGUCUCCAGAAGUAAUGGCCGAUAUUUAUGUUGCUGCUGCUCUUCGCAUCAAAGAAUCUUUUCCUACUUUCCUGCAAUUACUCGUCAGAUACUAUCUUUGUUUGGCCCGAAAUGCCUGCACCAAAGGAUGUAGUCAAGUUCCAAUGCGUCUCCAGUGGCUCUUCACUGCUUAUGGUCACAGAUUUUUUGUCUCUCAGCGUUGGUCAUAUGGGCCUGUCUCUGGAUACUUGUUCAGUAGCUUGGGAAAUAAAGCUGACCCAUUGUCUUAUGUGAUGCAAUUUUACCGGGAACAUCUGCUUGAGAGGGCUUUACAAACACUGGUUGCACCUGGAGGCCGACUGGAACAUUGUGAUGAGGAGCCUUUGAGACGAACUCAAACAGCAGAUGUAUUAACUUACGUUCAGCUACUAAUGGAAAAUUCUGUGAACACGGGAACUCAGAUAGAGAAGACUACUUCCUUCAAUUCAUCAAAUAUUCACGUUUCAAGCUUUGUAGAUGAAACUGCUCAUUGGUGGUCAGCUGUGCUUGGCACAGCUGCCUAUUGGCUUCUGGGUGAAUAUAAUCAAGCUGAAAGAUUGUAUGCACGAGUUGAAGCUUUGCCUGAAGCUCUUGAGAAAUUAAAUGAUCCUCUUCCAAAAGCCAUAAUUGCUGCCUUCCGUGGACGAAGGGCAUCCCUUGGCUUAUUGAAGCCACGAAGAUCCUCGCUGACUGCCAACAACAAAACCGUGUUGCGUCUGUGCAAUACUGCUGGACAACUUCUGGAUGAUAGCCUUACAUUAACAAGUUGCAAGCCUGUCAAUAAUAUGGUGUUGUUGGCUCAAUUACUCACAUGUGAUUGGCUUUUGGAAACGAGAACAGCUAUGUGGGAGGAAGAGACGCUUGGAACUGAGGGAGUCAAUUCUGGAGCACCUCAGGUUUCUGUACCUAGUGGUGUAUUAAUUGGUUUCCAGAAAGAUCUCAGUUCAUUGAGACGAUUAACAGAAUUUGUUCCAUCUGCUCUUCCAAGAGUGUUUUUAUAUGAAGCAACUGCUCGGCUUAUGGUUGGGGCAGCUCCAGGAAAAACUCAACUGUUACUGGACAGAAGUUUAAGGCAUCGUAAUAAUAGAUCCACAAUGCUCAUUUGUGGGAAAGACAAAGGACAGCAAGAAGGUGGGGGUGAGAGAGAACAUGCUGCUGCGCUGUACAUGGCAUGUAGGCAUCUGCCAGCACCACUGUUAUCUUCACCAGGGGAGAGAGCAGGCAUGUUAGCAGAAGCUGCAAAGACUCUGGAGAAGAUAGGCGAUAAGAAAAGACUGGAAGAUUGUUACAAACUCAUGAAGUCAUUAGGAGGUAGUUCAGUUACAAACUGAUAUGGAAAGGGUUGUUUGGCAACAUUUUAUCAAAACUUAUUGACAGAUUAUGCCUUGAUCUUGGAAGUUUAUAAUUGCUGCAAUUUACCAGUGAAACUUGUAUUUUUGUUGAGCAAGUGAGGACUUUUUUUUACAAUUGUAGAUUAUUCUCAAGUGCACACAUGAUUAAGAGCUGAAUAAUGUAAAAAAAUAAUUUUGUGUGUGCUAUGGAUAGCUUGUGACAAAUUAAGAAUUUAUUUAAAAGGAAAGUAAGCCUUUCAGCUGUUACCAUAUUGUUGACACCAAAAUAAUGAUUUUUGUAAAAUCAUAUAUAUUUAUUUUUGUUGGUGUUGUUCUAUUACAUAUGUUCAUUUAGCUUUCAUUCAAUGAAAACUCAUCUUUUACACAGUUUGACUUAAAAGAAUUCAAUUUAGAAAAAUAGCACAAUUGAAUAGUGAUAAGCAUCACAGCAAAAAUGUAGAACAUUUAUUUAUACUUAAAUAAUAUUUUUUUUAUUAAAAGCAAGAGUUUUAAUAAUUUCUUACUCCUUGUUCUCUUAAGAUGUGAAAGAAGUUUGGGAGACUUUCGCAUGUGAUAAUUCUAUUGAAUUCCAGCAAAUGUAUUCCAUUAAGUAUGAUCUUGAACAUUGAAAGAAAAUUAAGGGCAUUACAAUUUUUUGGAGUUGAGGUUGCUAUGGGGUCUCAAUUUUGAGGUUUGCAUGUUUGGGGCCUGCCAGGAGUAUGAAUAUUGUUCUCUGUACAUAUUGUCAACUUUGAAUUAAGUGAGUGGUGUUAAUACAUUUUACAGAGUUUGAAAGAACCAGGGAACACACAAUAGAAAACAUUUGCAGAAUAAUAAAUAAUGGGCCCCUUACGCAAUUCAUUGCGAGUUUUUAAUUAAUCUGUGUAGUAUCCAUAAGUCACGAUUCAACAUUUAUGAAAAUAUUCACUCUAUACCACAAAUACAUGAUAUAUUUAUAAUUAAUAUAAACUUCCCCGUGAGAAAUUCAACCUUGUUAUAGAUUAGUUGUUGAUAAAUGUAGAAAUUUGUUUAGAUAAAUUAGAAAUUAUAUCUACUUGAAGAAAUGUGUAUUUUGAAUAUGGGGGAAAGAUUUAUGAAUUAGGUAAAUGUUUUUUUAUAGGUUUGAUAAAU